UAAAAAAAUAUCAAGAGGUAAAUCUUAAUAGCUACUUCUAUAUCGUUUAAAGUUAUUGGCUCAUUCAAGUACCAGGUGAAAAAUAAUGCUCGUAAUACUUAAAUUUUUUUGGUAUAACUAUAUAUGGCUAAAAAAGAGCAAUGUUAGCUAACUAUUUGAUUUCAAUAUGAGCUCCUUAUACAUAAUGAAUAUAUUUGAAGCGACAAUAAAUUGCUCACAAAUCUUGCUUGUAUUCGACAACAAUAUAGGCGAAGCCAUGAGUAAAAACGAACCAUCAAAUGACAUCAAUGAACAAAAGGGAAAGUUAGGAGAUAACGGGGCAGAUAAUGUCGCCAUUAGUAGCAUCAAAGAGGAAAAUGUGAAUAAAUACAAAGAAUAUGGCAAAGAUUCUGAAAAUAAUGGGAUUUUUAGAGAGAAAGUAGACGAGUUAAAAAAUGGCUUUGGUAGAAUCAGAAGUCUAACGUUAUCACAAUGCAUUAAAUUAAAUUUCUUGCCGGAGUCAAAACUUACGUUGAAACAUGCACGCACUGUCGACAAUCAAACGUUUACUGACGACAGACUGACUUCUCGUGAUCAAAUUCCAAAUUAUAUUCUUAAAACGCUAAUGAUUGCUGACUACCAUGCACGUGAGUUCACAUUGAAACCAUUAAAUUCAAACCAGCCUGGCAAAGUUUACAAUACAUUAAAUGAUUAUGGUUCUGAUAGUGAUAGUGAUGACGAUGGUAAAGAGAAUGAGAUGAAUUCAGAUAAAGUAAAAAGUGAAAGUUUUGAAGGGGUUAACCCUAUGGAUGCAUUGUUAGGGAUUUUUCAUUGUUCGGAUGAAUUCUUACGACGAGAUAUAGCAGUUAAACUUAGUGCAUGUCAACUCAGCGUUCCUUUCAUUUUACCUCAUCCUGACAUGCCGACAGAAAGCGUAACAAUCUUACUUUCAGCGUUAGAAACAAUAACAAAGUCUUGGAAAUGUUCUUCAUCUGACAACACUGCGAAAGAGGUGUACGCAACAGAACAUCCAUUUCCUGUAGUGUCAUUUAUCCGGGUGGGUAAUGUGACCAUGUCUAAAUCUUCUCUGAUGAAUAAGAUUAUCAGCGAUGGUAAUGGUGAUCAUGAAUUCUUUUUUCAUAAAAACAUCAAAGGUGGUGAUGUUAAAAGGAAAGUCGUUGAUGGUUUGGUUGAACUUGUGUGGUAUCUUCCUGGUGGAUGUGACAAGAACGCGUUAAAAAAUGAAAUCUGUUUUGCCAAUCUACGUGGAGAUGCCCAAAAUUUUAAGAAGCAAGUUAAUAUACUUAGAAAGUUGUCAAACGUCUUGUGUAUUUUAUUGCCCUCAGAAAUGCGUGACGAACACAUGAAAAACUUCUUGAAUGAUGCUCUGCUGCUCAAUGGCAAAAACAUGCUCAUUUUCAACGAAAAAAGGCGAGAAGAAGAAAAGAAAUUCUACAACGGUUUGAAAAAUCAACAUUCUACAAAAUUAUCAUUUUUCACAAAAGCACAAAAGCCAAACGAAUAUAAUUUUCUUCAAAGUAUUCACCAGGCUAUUAUGCGCAAUAUAAAAAAGGAUGAAGUGAAGUCUUUAGUAGAACUCAGACAAUGGUUAAAAGAAAGUGGCGUUUAUUUUGAUGAUGACAAGCCUUAUGUCGACUUAGGAAAAACUAUGGAAACUUGGCUAACUUCGGGGUAUAACGAAGCAAAAAACCUGUUUAAGCUACAAAGUCAUAUACCAGCUUUUGCUGACCUAGAAAGGAAGAAACUUAAUCCAAAAGUUCGUCGUAGCAAUGAAAAUACGACUCGGCAAAACGAAACCGAUGAAUUAUAUAAAGAAAUUGAAAAACAAAGAGAUGCUCAAUUGUGUUCUUUUGAGAGGAUGGAUGACGACGUCAUUCAUUUUCUUAAUUGGAUUACUGUAUUGGAUGAAGCUGAACGAAAUAGAAAUUUGUAUCGAGUAAAGCAUUCGUUAGAUAAGACGUCGCUUUCUGUGAUGACAAAGUUGCAUCAACAAUAUCGCCAGGCUUCACUUUCCUUUCGUAAAAAAAGAAAAAAUUUGAUUUUGAGCCAGAGGCUCCAUCUCAGGAAGAAAAGCAUUUAA